CCAAAUCCGGAAGUAAUGUACUCAAUUUCCGGUGAUAUGGAAACGCUACCUUAGAUUUGGGUGAGGAAUGAAGAGGACAUUAGCCUGUGGUUAAAAUGGGGAAAAAUUAUUAUUGUGACUACUGUGACAAGACCUUCGCAGAUAAAGCAAACAAUAGAAAGAAUCAUCUGAAAGGUAUGAUCCACCAACGAUGUCGGAAGGCGUAUUAUGAUCAGUACCGUGAACCAGAGACUAUCCUAGCUGAAGAGCUUGCAAAACGUCCAUGUAAACAUUUCCUGUCCUCAGGAAAUUGUUCCUUCAUGGGAAGCUGUAAAUAUUCACACAUGACAGAUGAAGAGAAGUUAGAAAUGCAACGACAGAUUGAUUUUAAGAAAACGGUUAUUUCUUUAAAGGACAAAGAGACAGUAGAACCACCUUCUCUGGAGUUAUGGCUUGAGAAGGUUAAAAAACGUUAUAAAUUAAAAGAUAAGGUGGCUCCCACAGAGCUUGAUUUACCUGUGUACACCAUUCCUCCACACCUGACAGCCAUCACCAACCUUCCUCCCUCGUUACUUCCUCCCCCUCCAGAUGUAUUUAAAUCUCUGCCUUUGGAGGAGUGGGGCUGAUGGUGAUUUGACAAUGUCAUUUAUAUUUCUUUUCAUAUUGAUUUCAUUAUGAAAUUGUCUCAAUCAUAAUUUUCCAUGAUGUUUUUAAUUAAUGUGUCAAAUACAUUGUACAUGAAAAUUAAAUUUGUCUGA